UUGUAAAGGACUUUAGUUUGAUCCAUUGUGCGCGCUGCCUUUUCAAUACUGCUGGGUUUAUAUACACGUCCUGCUGAUUGGGUAACACCUCUGACACACCCACCAAAUGAGAGAAAACAUACCUCAAAGCAACACCGUUUCACACCGUUUCGAGGAAAUAUGUCGUUCAACCCAGACACUGUAGCACACCGUUUUGAGAUUGAACGUGCCCCUGGCUGGAGUCACUCAGCAGGCCCUGGAUUGGAACUGGUGACUCCAGGGGUGGUAAAAAAAAAAAAAGGCACCCAAAAAAAAUGCGGACAUUAGCGACCUUGUAAAUAAUAAUUCUCCAAUUUUAACACAUUAUUAUGCAUUUUCAAUUAAGAGGUUAUUAAAGAUUUCAGUUUCAAUAUUCAUGAUUAAAGAACCGUAUGCUUAUGUCCACUGAAAUGGUAUCUGUUACCUUUUAGGUUAACCGCUAGUCGGGAUGGACCAAUAGCAGUCCUUCUUGAUUUCUGGGAAAAGGCAUUUGAUUUAAAUCUUUUAUAUAGGUUUGUAUGUCAGACAACAGUGUUUGGAAUGAAUAUAUUUAAAUAAUGAUAUGUAUUAGUGCGCGAAUGUAUCCAAUAAGACAAAAAAACGCCUUGAUAUCUGAAUACGGCACAAAGGGAGAUUCGACUUUCUGAGCCACCAUGCGCCCCCUGGCGAAAAUAGUUACUCGCAGGAGUGCCAUUCAGUUUGCAUAACGUGUAAACGUCCAUCAUCAUCAUCAUCAUCAUCAUCGGAGAGCCAAGAUGGUCAACGGUAUCGGGUGACUGAGCAGCGUCAUAAAGAGCACUGUUUAUGUGGAUCACGACGUGCCAAACUGGUUACGUAUGCGGAGCUCCCUAGAAACACAGCAGGAAAACAUCCAUUCGGGCAUAAUCUCUUUUGAUCAUUUAAAGAAGAAUGAUGGCUGAGAAAAAUAAACACGGACUCCUGGUUAUUAAAGAGUUAGAGAAUAUUCUGGACACGUGUAAACUUGACCUAACUCCAGUGGACGAGGUCUGGCCGAACCUGUACAUCGGCAGCGUGGCCAUCGCUCAAAAUAGAAAUGCCUUGAAGAAAAUAGGCAUCACUCAUGUCUUAAAUGCUGCCCACUCAAAGCAAGGCAGUAUUGGGGACCAGAGCUAUUACGGCAAUGCAAUUGUAUAUUAUGGUAUCCCAGCAGACGACUCUUCAUCAUUUGACCUUAGUGUGCACUUUAAAACAGCUUCUGAUUUCAUCCACAAAGCCCUGAGGAAGAAUAAUGGAAAGGUACUUGUUCAUUGCAUCAUGGGUAUGAGUCGUUCUGCCACUCUGGUUCUAGCAUAUCUCAUGCUGCGUCAGCGCCUCACUCUCCGCACUGGCAUCCAAACGGUUGUACUACGACGAGCAAUCUAUCCUAACAGGAACUUUUUGAGCCUUCUCCUGGAUUUGGACAUUCAGUUACAGAGAAAACAAAUGUUGUGUCCCAUUCUCUGACAUGAACUCACAAAUCAUGCAUUCAUGCGCUAAAGGGAUAACCAUCCUUGGUAUGUUUACAUUAUUUAUAAAGAGAUAUAUUGUGUCAUAUUAAAAAAGACAUGGUUGUAUGUACUGUAACAAGGGUGAUUUUUUUAUGUCCACAAUGCAGUAUAAAUGAAGGUGAGAAAUAUGUUUCUUUUUUUCAUGAAAGUCUGUAUGAUAUACUGUAUUCAAGUUGCAGCUCUUUGCACUGUAGCACUUGUGUUCAGUGGAAGUGUCAAAUGCUCUACACUUCACAAAUAAUAUUUAACAGUGGGGUCAGUAUUUAACACAGAAUACCAAAUUAAGCAGUAUUAAAUUGUGGUUUAUGGUUCAGCUACAUUUUUGGACUAAGAAAACACUCACUGUCAGCAGAAUGCCUUUUACUUAGCUUUUGGCAGCCAAGCUCGGAGAACUUAUGGGCCAACCACAACACCCUUCUGUUGACACAAUCCUAAAAGCCUUGUUUAAAUGGCUAAGCAGCACUCUCUGAUAUGAUUUUAAUCUACCUUUUUGUUUUUAUAUCAGAAUAAUGGGUUUAAUUCAGCUCAUUCAAGCAAGUUUUGAAGUUAUUUGAAGGUAUAUAAACAGAUUUGUCAAGUUUACUGUAUACUUACAAAAUGUACCUGUACGUUAGACAUAUUUGACUAUGAGCAGGAUGAAAGACUUGUAUUUAAGUUUUAUUUAAAUUUAUUUUUUCUAUGCUAUUCAGUAUUUUUGAAAGUGUCAGUAACAUCUGCACUACUGGAUUUAUAUUCAGAUGAGUCGUACAAAGCGAGAUGUCAAAUAAAAUUCAGAUUUCUAUGCAUUUGUAUAUUUAAAUAUUUUUUUAAGUGCUUCGGUUGUUGCAUGUUUUAAUUUUUGCAACAAA